AUGCCCGCCGCACAGGCGACCGGGUCGAAUGAUGAUGACGACAUUCUCAUCACUCCAGCCUGCGUCGAGCGAAUCCACCACGUCAACAAGACCAAGAACUACGACCCACCAAAGCGCCUGCGCGUAGAGAUUGCCUCGGGUGGCUGCUCUGGCUUUGUCUACAAGCUCUCCUUCGAUAACGCCCUCGAGGAAGACGACGUGCUCUUUGAGCGUGAUGGCGCCCAAGUGGUGGUGGACGAGACCUCGCUCGAGCUGAUCCGCGGCUCCAAGUUAGACUACGUCAAGGAGCUUGUGGGCUCCUCCUUUGCCAUCGUUGACAAUCCGCAAGCAGAGACGGGCUGCGGCUGUGGAACUUCCUUCAUGCGCAAGGGCGAUGUCUAG